CAGACACAGCACCAGCACGACCACAACCCGAGCACCACCACACGCACCACCACUGCCGCCGCCGCCAUGGCUGCGCCGCCGACCCACUUGCAGCAACAGCCGCAACAGCUGCCCCGCCCGCACCCCAGCCCGCACCCGCACCCGCACCCGGCUCCUCCUGAGGCCCACCAGCCGCUGCUGGAUGAGGAGCUCCUGCGCGGACUGGUGUGCGGCAUGUUGAGCCAGGACCCGGACGUCCUCCGCACCACGGUGAGCCGCCACUACGCCCCCGGAGCUGUGCUGUACCACUACCUGCUGGCGGCGCACACGGCGGAGGACGUGUACCGCGUGUACCGCAGCUACGCCGCCAAUAUACCCCCACACCGCAUGCCGCAUGCCGCCGCCCGCCGCCGCCGCUGCUGCAUGCAGCUGCCGUUCACGAGCUGGCCGCUGCUGGGCCCGCUGCUGCCCGAGGCGGUGGUGCCCACGCUGGUCAUCAUCAAGACCCGGCCCGACCCGCACACCGGCAGACCGCUGGUGUACGAGCAGUAUGACCACGUGAGCCUGUACGCCUUCGUGUGGAGCUUUGGACAGCCCGCCCUGGCCCUGUUCGAGCGGGUGUUCAAGCCAGCAGUCAUGUACGUCAUGGGCGCCCACGCUUGGGCCCUGGAUGCCCUGGAGGAGGUGGGUCGCUUCGCCCGGCUGCAGCUUGGGGGGCAGCAGGCACUGCAGCUGCUACAGCCGCUACUGCCGGCGUCCUGGGGAAAAUCGGGAAGCGGACGAGGCUGUAGCAGCAGUUACAGCGGCAGCGGCAGCGGCAGGACGGCGGCGGCGGCGGCGGUGCCGCCGGCGUGCGGGGAGCCGGUGCUGCUGCCACCCGCGCACCCGGCGGCGGGGCAGCGGCAGGAGGAGCAGGGGGCGGGGGAGGGCGGGCGUCAGGGACACGGCGGUGUGGUGGGCAGGGUGGUGGCGCCGGCGGUGGCGGCGGUGCGUGCGGCCCGGGAGCUGCCUGGGGAGAUCGACCACUCGGCCACAGACUUCGGGCUGCGCGGCAGGCAGCUGGACGGCACCAACACCCUCCCCCUGGCCAGUUCCUCGGCGCAGGCGGCAGCGGUGGCGGCGGCGGCGGGGGACAGCUAGCGCCUGCAGCAGCGACAGCACCAAGCCGCAGCUGCCCGUGCCCCUGAGCUAGUUUCCAUAGUGUUACUUUGGUUCAUUGGUUAUUGCCGGGGGCGCGUUGUGGCGAGUGAAACUUGCUUGGCUGACCUGCUGAACUUCCGCAAAGAGGGGUUGACUUAUUGUUCUGGGAAAUGAAUGACACAAGCCUGGGGCUGCCCGGAACACCAGCAGCUUCCGGGCUGGGCCGGGUUGAGUGUGAGUGAGUGUUGCUUGGGUAAUGCUGGCUAGGAGGCAUGCAGCAGGGGGCUGGUCAGGAACGGGCCAGGAGCAAUAAAUCAGGAGCCGCUGCAUGCUGGCUAGCUGCUGGCUGCUGCUACCGGAGCUGGCAAAGGGGUGAGUGCUCACUUGUGGUGGGCGGUUUGGCGCUCGCUCGCUCCGGCGCGAAAGAUGUGCGUGAGACGCGUGUGCGGG